AUGGGAAGAAGAGGAGCAGCAAACAUCAACUCAUCUGCUGGCAGCAGCUCCCAAGACCUGUUGCUGAAGGGUACAGUUGCCACGGCCAGGGGCUCUUCCAAGGCUGAGAGGCCCCACGCCGCGGGGGCCCCCGAGGGGGCCCCCCAGGAGGGCCCCCCGGCCGACCGCGGCGCGGGACCCCCCGCAGCAGCAGCAGCAGCAGCGGGAGCAGCAGCAAAGUCUGUGGCAGCCCCAGCUGCUGCAAACGGUGCGCAGCUGCACCCGUGGGGCCCCUGCAUGGGGACCCCCUGGGACUCUCCGGGGGCCCCCCCCAGCAGCGAGUGGGGGGCCCCCCAGUCCGCAGGGGGGGCCCCUGCGGGGGCCCCCUCGGGGACACCCCAGGGGGGCCCCCAGGAGGGCCCCGAAGGGGCAAGGUCCGGGGGGCCCCGGUGGAGGGAAGUUAGGGCCAGUGCAACUUUUGGGUAA